AUGUUGAGGCUCGUGAAGAACGCGAUCGCCGCCGUGAAGCUUAGUAGCACGAUAGUCGCGUUCAUGGGCGUCCCCGUCUUCGGGUGGACCCGCGCGAACCAAGGGGGCAUCGCGUGGGCCCGGGCGAUGUGCGUGAGGUACCGGGCCUGGCCCACGGACCCGACGAGGAGGACCGACGUCAUCCCCUUGAGGGCCCCGAGGGCGACGAGGUAUUGGGCCCAACUCCAACCGACGGACUUGAACGCAACCGAGAAGGGCGCGUCAGGGUCGAUUGCGCCGUACGGCUGCAUCAGGCAGAGCGUCGCCGCCAGCACGCAGUAUAUAACCGUCGUCAUCACCAUGGAACCGACGAGCCCGAUCGGGAUGUCGCGUGCCGGGUUCUUCGUCUCCUCGGCCAGAGUCGAGACGGCGUCGAAACCGAUGUACGCGAAGAACAAAACCGACGAGGCCUUGAAGAUGCCGCGCACGCCGAAGGGGGCGAAGGGGGAGAAGUUGGCGGGGUUGGCUUUGGCCGGCGAUUAUGAUGAAGGCGAUGACGAUGACGUGGACGACGGAGGCGACGUAGUUGAGGCGGGACGAGCCUUUGGUGCUACGGACGGCGAGGAAGCAUAUGACGGCGAUCACAGCGACGGCGAUUGGGUCGAGCUGGUCGAGGUCGUGGGGGAGGGCGGCGGCGUGGAUGCGGAAGGUCUCGGGUUUUUGGUUGAAGAGGGCGGCGAGGACGUCCACGAGCGGGCGACGGCAGCGUUGCCAACCAUGUACUCGAGGAGGAUGGAUUUCGACGGCAAACUCGGUGUAGCAAAAGACGGAGAGCAAUGCCGAGAGGCCCGAGAUGGCAUACGACAGCACCACAGCAGGGCCCGCAUCCUGACGGGCCUCGAGGCCCGUCAGCACAAAUAUCCCGGCGCCAAUAACCGAGCCCAUGCCGAACCAUAUGAGGUCCCACCAAGUCAGGGUCUUCUUCAUCUGGUUCUGGCUGCGGUCUUUCAUCUCCAGCUCAGCCUCCACUGUCGACCGGGACAGGACCCGGUCAGCCAACCGAGCCGGGGUCUGCCUCAGCGCAUUUACCUUUUGAAUGACUCCUCAGGGAGAAAAUCGUCUUUUGUGCACGAGCAGCCCCUCCUCUUCAAAUUAGACUCCUGGUGGAGCAGAUGGUCCUUUCCCCUCAGCCACUGCCGCCGGCCCUUUCCCCUCAUCAGCCCUCCCAUACACCUCAGCCGCCUUCGACUCGAACUCCUUAGCUGUAUCAUAAGACGCGUGCAACCCUACCAACACACGAGCAACACGACCGUCCACACCGCGAACCUCACAAACGACACCCCGUCUAUCGACCCGAGCAAAAACACGUUCACCGCUAUCGAUGCCGACGGUAGCCACGGCACCAUCGGCACCCCCCACAACUUCGGCUCCCUUGCCCGCGGGACCCACGCCCACAACCCCACCGUCGACCCCACCCAAACCGGCACCGUCACGCAAUACGCGACCCAACCCUUCUCGCUCGCCCCCCAAUACGCCGCGGUCCCCACCGACGACCCGAUUAUGAGCACGACAAAAGCAAUUAGCUUGUUCCGGUCCUCGCUCUUCGUCUCGCCGCUCACGUAG